GCAAUUGAAGAACAGCUGUCCGGCAGACGUCCGGGUCAACAGAAGAGGAGCGGAGGGGCAGAAGCACAGCGACCGGGGGAGGAGGGGGGGGGCACUACCACUACCCCUGAAGGAUCUUCACGUGUACGACAACCAGCAUCCUCCCUGGAAUCCACGCUGCAGCCGUUGAGACGCAUGAGUGAUACCUGCAUGGAUGACAUCAUUCCCAGAAUGUAACUCCAGCCCGUCCCAGGGGAUCUUCAUCCACAAGUUGUAGACUCCAACUGCAGCCCCAGCCAUGCCAGCUAAGGCGCCCAUCUACCUGAAACCCACCAACAGCAAGAAGGGGAAGAAAUGCCGCCUGCGGGAUAUUUUGUCCCCGGACAUGAUCAGUCCGCCGCUUGGCGACUUUCGCCACACCAUCCACAUCGGCAGAGGGGGGCACAGGGACGCCUUUGGAGACAUGUCCUUCCUCCAGGGCAAGUAUGAGCUCCUACCCGGGAAGGUGGAGUUCCAAGCUCAGUACGGAGUUCAAAGUGAGUUCCUUCGAGCAAACAGCGCAGGCGACGCUUCCUUUGUGGAGACGCCAUCUCCUGUUCUCAAGAACGCCAUCUCCCUCCCGAGCAUCGGCGGCUGUCAGGCGCUGACCCUCCCACUUGUUUCUUCUGCGGUGUUCUCCAUGCCGCCGGAGCCGUUGGGGGACACGACAGACCCGACAACCCCCCAGAAAAUGGGCAGCGUUGAGGACGUGGCGAUGGACACUUUGUUGCACGCAAUCGACAGCUUGGGCAGCAACGAGAGAAAUGUCCAGUUAAAGCCGGACGUCCUGCUGGACCUCCUGCAGAGCACAAAGCCCGACUGUAAAGCCAACACGGAAAAACCAUCCAGCUGCUACAUCAACGGCCACAGCAACACGAGCUACAAAGCUAACGGAAGCCUUCAAAGCAACACGAGCUACAAAGCUAACGGAAGCCUCCACAGCAACACGAGCUACAAAGCUAACGGAAGCCUCCACAGCAACACGAGCAGCGACAGUUUGGAAAGUUUGGAAACCAAACUCUACCACGACAAAAGUUAUCUCAACAAGAGCCACCUUCUGGGACAUUUCAGCAACAACAUCAACUUGGAGCUCAAGGAGCUCUCCGAGUGCCACGGCGAGUGGGCGGACAGGGACAGCGGCGUGGACGAGGGCCGCAACUGUGAUUUUGACUUUGAGAAGAGCCCAUCGCGGGAGUCGCUCACCCGGAUCACGGGGUCGCUGCUCUCUCUGGAACUGGAUCUGGGCCCAUCCAUCAUGGAUGAUGUGCUCAACAUCAUGGAUAAACCCGCAGUGAAGAGCAGGCCUUGAAAGGGGGGGGUCGUAUGAUCAAAUUCCAGGACUCAGACUAGAGAGGGGGGGCAAUCAGGUUUUAUUAUUAUGAUUGUUUUUAUGAUCAAAACAUAUACUGUAACUAUUCUGGCUUCUAUGGAGUGUUUUUACUUUGAUUUAGUUUUAUUUUUUGGCCAUGCCGGCAUGUUCAUAUUCAUAUGCACGUACUUCAGACUUACUCCAUUGUGCCUUUCAUUUACAUAUUCUACAUAACUGCUCUUUCACGGACUUACACGCAAUAUUCUUUUUUUUUUUUUUACACAGAUUCGCGUGUCAAACACUGUCGGUGUUUGUUUGUUUGUUUGUGUUAAAUAAAGCACUAUUGGCUUUUUUUAUGAUAGAACACUAUGCAUAUUUGUGUUUUGGAAUUGUAACACAAAUAAAAUGUUUUUGUCUGAUUGUGCCUCUUCUUUUGCUGCGAAUGUUAGCAUAGCAUAGCAUAGCAUAGCAUAGCAUAGCAUAGCAUAGCAUAGC